AUGCAUGCUGUGUACGCGUAUUCUAUACCGGAACAGAUCUUUGGCAAUGGCAACCUUAGAAUGAUUUUGUUUAUAAUGCGACGGACAACCCUUCGCGCCCUCAAGGUUGAGAGUCAUAACCACGCCCUUCGUGUGGGUAGCUCUGGCUCCUACUUAAGAUCCGCUGGCGACGCUGCAACGCCACAGCCUGUACGCCUCUGGACGCCACAACACUAUUUCAUCAUGAAGUCGAUGCUCGUCCUGCUCCUCGCCGCCUGCGCCGCCGCCAGCUACGUGGCCCCAGUCCACCACGCGGUCGUGGGCGGCCCCGUGAUCGUGCGCGCCCCCUCCCACGACUCCGCGAUCAUCCAGAGCCACCGUCUGGGCGGCAACUUCGCCUACUCCACCCACGAGGCUCACGCCCACGCCGUGGUCAACCCGAUCAUCGGCCACCGCCAGGUUCCCGUGGGCGUGUCCUACCACCCGGGUCAGCCCAUCGUCCACUCCGAGACCGACUACGUGUCCACGUACGUCCCUCGCUACGGCUACGUUCAGCCCCACGUCGCUCGCACCCACUACUAGGGGGCGAGUGAGAGGACCUUCGGGAUGGGUGUGCUGGCGUCGCAGGCGCCACGGUUCCUUGCCUUCUGACGUCCUGCGUUUCUGAUUCUCUCUCUAAUUUUCCUUCAAUCCCCACUUUUGACCUUGUUUCGUUCCUUCUUAUUCCACUUGUCACUUUUCAUUUCGUCCUGGUCGUUAAGUGUGAUGUUCCCUUUGGCUUGGCGACAGAGCCCCUAAGGGUUGGUCGCCUUGCCGUGUACAGCUGAGGUGUACAGGCGUGUGAUUUUUUCUGUGUAUAUAUAUUUUUCAAUAAAGCAAUUUUCAAAACAGUACAUGUUUCCCUGUG